AGGACACACAUGUGUGUUGUGCACGCUUGGGGCUGAUCAUGUUCUUAAGAUACAGACAUUGAUUUUAACUGAAAUUUCUCUCUACACACUACAGCAGGCAUCUGGCAAUUCAUUUGUGAGCCAUCAUAUAUAUUUGUCCAACAGACUGAUUAUAAUAUAUUCAUCAACGAUAAAAACAUGUCGCUGUAUCCAACAUUAGAAGAUAUGAAGGUCGACAACAUGGCCAAGGCACAGAUGCAGCACGAGGCAGCAGCACAUGGGCAGCCACAGGUGACCUAUCCACAGCAGCAGCCACCUCUUGUAUACCCUCAGCAGGGCGCGAGUGGGAGCAUGUACCCAUCUCUACAGGGUGAAUACAUGGGCAUGCAGCUCAGCCCCGAGACAUACAAUCAAUUCCAGAUUGUACCACAGCAACCUAUGGCGGUGGGUGUACGACAGACAGGUGGAGGACAGACACAGGUUGCCCCCAUCACUGGCAACAACAAGGGACUCCAACGGGCAGAAAUCAAACAGGGCAUCAGGCAGGUGAUAGCAUGCAAGGAUGCUGACAACAAGAUCGGGCUGCGAUUAAGACAUGUUAACAAGGGUCUGUUUGUGGCCUUAGUACAGGACAACAGUCCAGCUGCUCUGGCUGGCCUCCGAUUUGGUGACCAGAUUCUGCAGAUUGACGAGAACGACGUUGCUGGUUGGGACACUGAUAAGGCACACAAAUUUCUGAAAAAUGCCUCACCUGAAAGGAUUGUGUUUGCUGUUAGAGACAGACCGUUCGAGAGGACCAUCUCUAUGCAGAAAGACAGCAAUGGCUACAUUGGCUUUGUCUUCAAGGAUGGAAAGAUUAAAUCUCUGGUGAAGGAUUCAUCAGCAGCAAGGAAUGGUGUUCUUAUUGAACAUCAACUGAUAGAGGUCAAUGGUCAGAACGUGGUGGGACUCAAGGAUGAUAGAGUUGGGGAGAUCUUCGAUGCUGCUGGCAGGACAGUGACCAUCACCAUUAUGCCAACUUUCCUUUACGAACACAUUGUAAAAUGCAUGGGUAACAGUAUAAUCAAGAAGCUGAUGGACCACUCCAUCCCUGAUGUGUAAAACACUGUGGUACACUGAUAAAUAGACAUCUAAACAUUAUGUGUUGUGUCUCUGAGGGAAGAAGGGGAUCUCCAGUGCAUCACACCAUUAUCAACAUUCCUUGUCACCUUGGCAAUCUGUCCAAAACAAGGAAUUGUUUCAUUCUGACUCAUUGUACAUUUCAACAUGUAACUUUCGCAUUUGUCGCAGGCUUUUUGUUUAGAGAAUCUUGUUCAGCUUGUGUAUUGCUGAAUUAAAUAUUUUGUGUUAUAAAAUUUACCAUGUUGAUUGUCUGUAUAAUGAUAAAUCAUAGUAAUUAUAUAGAAUUAUAGAGAAAUAUCACAAGCAUGUCUCUUAUUAUAUGUGUAUAUUUCCUACCUACCCUAACUUUUGAGAGCAGAAUUUGAAAGCAAAAUUUUUAGUUUGAGCAUUCAAGUCUUUUUUAACCUUAGUUUUAAUGUUGCACCUGUUAUUUAUAGGAGUAUUCUAUUUGAAAUAAAACUUUCAUGUGAUUAGCUACUGAAAGGAGAAGUAUGAUGAGUGACAGAAAGGAAUUGGUCAGAGACAGAAGUGAAUGUGUUCAUUUACGGAAAGGAAUGUGAAAAAUGAUGGGCAAGUCAGCUCUAGGUUAGAGGCAGUGAUGAUCAGUGUUAGAAAUAUCAUACUAGGGAAACAUUGUUUUUCAAUAACUGAAUUAGAAUUAGGAUUAUCCUGAAUGAUGUAAAGAGUUCAAUCCAUCUUGUUGAAGGUGUUUUCACUAUUUCUAUCAGUUGUACAUUUUAGUGCUGCCUUGGGAUUUUAAACUAGCAGUGCGAACAUUACGUUUAUGUAAACUUUUUUUUUUUAAUCACCUCAAUUAGGUGAAAGUUGGCAGUGGUAAUAUAGCAUGUUGCUUUAACAACACAUGUACCUAGGGUUCACUGAAUGAUAAAUAUACCUUGUUCUCAUGUUUUUAAUAAAAAGAAAAUUUGAUCUAUUUGAUCCAGGAAAAGUUUAUAUUUAACUUGGUUCUUAAAACCCUAGUCCAGCUUAAUAACGUAACAAAAUAAAUAAUCUAUGUUUUGACUUAAUAAAGGAGGUUCAAAACUAGAGAAUACAUUUAAUCAUUUGAAGGCAAAACAAAUUCCCAAAAACAGAAUUGCUACAGACUGGCAUAUCAUUGAAUUACUAGGACUUGUUUUUGUAGAAGUCUUUUUAUUUCCUAAUUUAUUUUCUAUCACACAAUAAUAAGAUGUAAGAUGAUUUUUUAAUUAUUAUGAAAAAUUAAAGGUCAACCUGAGUGCAAAAUUAUUUAUUUUUUUAUGUAAAUAUGUAACAUAUCCUGAUCUGAAAUGUAAAAAUAAAAUGGUAUUUGAGUUGGAAACAGCCUUCUUCACUGUGUGGUGAAAGCUAAUCAGCCAUGGAAAACAUGGACCAGAAGUGACACAUCCAAGGGCAUUCUAUUUAUUUGUAAGGAAUAUUACUCUGAUUAAUGACAUGCACACUGUUUCACAAAACCCCACACUGUUUGGGUAAUGGGACGUAUUAUACUGUUCCUUAGUAUCUGUUUUCACCUUAUUUGAUACAAUCUUGAUAUACAUUUCAAGUGUCAACACAUACAAAAUAAAAGCAUGCAAAAUAUACCUGUACUGAUAUAAUGAUGGUAGACCAUGAUUAUCCCAGUGUAAUUGGGAUGAGAAUGUACACAGUUGUGUAUCACAAGCUUAAGACCUAUUUUCUGGAGUUUUGAUUAACAAUGGUCCCCUAUCAUAGAUAGGGAUUUCUGGUUUUACCUCUCGCGAUCUGCCUAAUCUUUCUUCCAUGUAUUAUAAUCACAAGUCUAAGGUUAGAUUUUGUCGCUGCUUUCAUACAUAUGUGUGCGGUGUUGAUGGCCGUGGAAGUAGAAAGACCACAUAAUAUGUGAACACACUCAGGUUGGCCUUUAAGCAUGUGUUGUUAUAUAGGAAGUUAUAAAAUGCAUUGUUAUGACAUUGUUUUGAUUGUUAUAUAAAGUGAUCUGCUACAUAAUUUAGUAUGUAUCAUCUAUAAACCAUAUUCAAACAAAUACAAUUAAUGAUUACAACUCCAGGUUUUUUUUUUCUUAUCAGAUUUUGUGAAGAACUAUGUCAUUUGGUAUGUGACUGAAAGCCUACUGAUAUCAAAAGGCACUGAAUGAUUUGGUCAGAGAAGAGAGCUUAGUUAAAUGAGGGUUAUUGAUUAGGAGAAAAAUGGCUGAUUAGAGACCUGAAAGUCAUAUCUAACGUUUCCACCUUAGAUAUGAGAAAGUAUUGAAACCAUUUGUGUAUCCUGAAACACAUCUCAGUAUUAUUUUUAAUAAGCAGAAAUUAGCUGUUUUUUCAAACUAGUCUUACUUAAAGAUUAAAUCACUAUUAUGUUGAGGUUAUCGGGAUGUAACUACAAUUUAACACAUGCAAAUGGAAAAACUGGUGAUGCCAGUUCUGUAAAAUUUGUAGUUAUCUCCCCUGAGAACCUGAACAAAACAGAAAGUUGAUCUUUAUAUUUACAGGUUUCCUUAAUCAGAAUACAGAUGUGUUUUAUGUGCACAAGGGAAACUUUCAUUAUCUGUAAAUAUUGAUAAUGAGAAUUACAAAAGUCAUAGAAUCAAUCGCAAAGGUAACUUAUCAUUCACAAUGCUGCAACUUACCAUUCAAAUGCUGCACAUGAAUAUACAUUUUCAUACAACACCUUUGCUCUCAUUAAUUGGCUGAUUUUAUCAUCUGACUGAAGUAUGUCUGUGACCAUUUUGAAGACAGAAUUCACUGUUUUGUAACUAAAAAUUAAAAAAUGAUUUUAACAUCAUAACAUCCCAGUAGGAUGAAGUUGGCUGGAUACUGAGGCAAUCUCAUUUGACAUAGUCCUAAAUGAAGUGUCAUCUGAUAGAAUGAUCGAUGUAUUUUUUUCUUAUUUGAUAAUAAAAUAAUAACAUGAA